AUGAAGAGCCUGAUUCUACCCACCCUCCUGCUCUUGAGCAGCUUGAGUACAGCAGCAAACCUCCAAGACGAACCCCAACUCUUCUCCAAUGUCUCUGUCGACCUCGCCUCCGAGAGAACCCUCUCAACUCGAGAUCUAGGACUAGGGUCCGACUUCAACAUCCUUAACGCUCGCGCCGGUGAUUGCCGCAUCGGCUACAGCGAAUGCCCAAACGACACAGACUACUGCUGCCAGACCGGCAAAACAUGCUGCAGCGGCACCAGCUACUGCGCCAGUCCAGGUGCAGUCUGUUGCGCAGAUUACGGGACCUGUCGUGAAGGAUGGAAAUGUUGCACUGGGACAGGUUGUGCGCCUAUUGGUGGAGAAUGUUGUAGUGGAGGUUAUUAUUGUCCGGCUGGGAAGCAUUGUCGGAUCUGGAAGGGCGAGAAUGUUUGUUGUCCUUCUACUGGCUGUAUUGGGGAGUUUGAUACUGGCAGUGAUGAGGAUAUUGUCGGGGGAGCUGAGGCUACCGAGACGGCGACUGAGACGGCGACUAUUACCAGUGUUUAUACCGCGCCGACGAUUACGGCUACGGCUCUUGAUUAUGAAUACUAUUAUACGACUAUCUAUUGGACGUAUUGGUUCUACUUCUGGACGUCCAUCUCGCCUUAUACUGUCCGGACGGUUACUUCUACUAGCACGACUACGACUACUGUCUGGUCGGUGUAUAUGACGGACAGUGAUGAAGCGACUUCCUCGCUGAGGUCUAAGUCUUCGAGUUAUUCGUUCUCUGUGCCGUAUUGGGCCACGUCUUUGAGUAGUUCGUCGGAGCCUGUCACUAUUUCGACAGCUGAUCCUACCCCGAGUGCCACUUCUGGCCCAUCGGGUGACGAUACUGGUGGCAACUCUGCCUCGGAUAUCACAUCUACGUUCGGUGAUUCUGCACCUCUUGUCAGUGUUAGUACCACUGGAGUCAUGGCUGCUGUCCUGGCUGCUGCUAUUGGCGGGUUGGCCUUUGGAUUGUGA